AUGUUAAAAUCGCAUUUCAAUUUACAAAGAGACGACAAUGAAGAGGAAAUCGAAAUAGUUCCAGAGGAACACGCGUAUCACGAACACGUUGGUGAGGAAGCUGGUCCUGACGAGGAGCCAAUCAUACGACCGCCGGAACGUGUACUCAAUCGAUCUGAGAUAAGCAUUCGACUGAGUGUGCUCGGGAAGACGGCAGCCGGCGAUGGAUACACAUAUUUAAAAGCAACAUGUACAAACAUGAAUUUAACAGAGAUUUCAGCGUUUAAAUCAUUCCAUCAUCUACAAUACAUAGAUGUGUCCAACAACAACUUAAAUUCAGAAAGCUUACAGGUUCUAUCAGAACUACCAUUCUUAUUAUUAAUUCACGCUGACAAAAACAAUUUAAAUUCAGCGUAUUUAAAAAGAAUGAAGUAUUUACAAGUUGUGAUUUUUAAUAACAACAGAAUAUCGUCUGUGCGCGAUGUAUAUCAUCCAGAAAUGAGCACUGUCGAAGUGGGCUAUAAUAAAAUACUCAACAUAUAUUUCGAGAACCGAAUGCCAAAUCUAAAAUGCCUCGACUUCCGCUACAAUUCUAUACAUGACAUCUCUGAUAUGGACUUUCCUAAUUUGGACAGUCUGUAUUUGGCUGGCAACAGGAUAACCAGUCUAGUUGGUAUAGCAAAACUUCCAAACUUAAGGAUUCUCCAUGUAAGAAACAAUCCUAUCAAGUUGUUAAACGGCUUUGAACCAAUACAUAAAAAACUGCAGUAUCUCAACUUGAGGAACACCAAAGUGACAACAUUAAAACAAAUCAAAAAGUUAAGGGUAUUGCCAGCUCUCGAAACGCUAGUAAUAAAGGGAUGUCCGUACAUGGGAGGCACAGGUGAAGAAGACGCAGAGGUGGCUGAUGAAGAAGAGAAUCCUGAACAGAGAGUGGAAGUACUAGCUUCAUUGCCGAGACUUAAACGACUCAAUAAAGGAGUUAUUACACCAGAAGAAAGAACUGAAGCUAAUGACCUUAUCAAGCAGUGGAUAGAGGAAGGCGAGAAUGAUGAAGAGGAAAUAGAAGAUGAGCACAAUGAACAGGAAUCAAAUGAGGAAAACUAAUAA